AUGGCGGUUGCAUCUAUGAGUUUCAACCUAGUCGGUGCAUUCAGAGGGCUUUCUCUGCGCUCGGGCUCAAGCUCAAGCUCAAGCUCAAGCUCAUCAUCGUCGUCCUUCUUCAGGGGCGAUUUGGGUUCGCUGCAAGUGGGUCCCAAGCUGUCAUUAGUGUCAAACCCCCAGAGAUUGGCCUUGACGAUUCAAAACGCGCACAAGAAAGGAGCUGGGAGUACCAAGAACGGUCGCGAUUCCCCAGGCCAAAGGCUCGGCGUCAAGAUUUUCGGUGACCAGGCUGCCAAGGCUGGCUCCAUCAUUGUGCGCCAGCGUGGCACCAAGUUCCAUGCAGGGAAGAAUGUGGGGCUUGGCAAGGACCACACCAUUUUCUCUUUGAUUGAUGGUUUGGUCAAGUUUGAGAAGUAUGGACCUGACAAGAAGAAGGUGAGUGUUUACCCUCAAGAAGUGCAGCCUGAGAACCCCAACAGCUACAGGGCUAGAAAGAGGGAGAACUUCAGGCUACAACGGGAACGAAAGAAAGCACGAAAGGAAGGCUACAUCCUUCAAAACCAACCUCAGCUAGUACUUGCGUCUGCUGAUGCUGCAGAUGUCCCUCCAGUUUGUUGA